AAAGAAUCAAGACAGCAGUUCACACAUUGCCUAUGCUAGGAUAAGCAUCUAACUCACUGCAGGGGUAUAAUCUGGCACUCUUUUUAAGAAAUAUGCUCAUUUUGGGGGGUAUUACAAAAUCCUGAGAUCUUUAUUUUUUAGUCACAAGCAGUUGUGAAAUUGUUCAUAGUUGUUCUCUUGCCAUUUGAACUUUGUUCCAAGGCUAAUCUGAAUAAACAUGGGUUAUUUACCUGAUGGAAGAAAUCUGAUUGCAUUUCUGCAGGCCAUCCACACAUAACAAUUCCACUAACCUCAUCAAAAGCAGCUUCAGGGGAAAACAGAAAAGAGAAUUCUUGGAAUUGACAAGAAACAGUUAGUGUAUUGCAAAUACAAACAAAAGCCUAAGCGAAUUUUCCAAAUAAUGUUUCAUCCCAAAAACUGUUCCAGAGUAAUGGCUGACUGAGGAAAAGUCUCUGAACAAAGACAGCUAAUCACAAAAACUCAAAUGGGUGUUCAUCCACUCUCUUCUGUAUCGGUGCAGGUUAGCUCCUGCACUGGCCAGGGCACAGUACAGAGUUCCCAAGGUGUAAAUUCACACAUGGAUUCCCCAGAACCUGCUCUGACACGCUUUUUUUAACCUGUAGUAAAAUUAAGAGCAUCUUGCUCCAUUUAGUCCUCUGCUGAUAAUGUCUCUUCCCACCUAUGCAGUCAUUCCUAUGCCGUGGUACACCCGGGCACUGGGAAAAGCCUUAGGGUUUCUGACCAUCCAAACCAUCAAAUACCACAGAUGGCAGGAAAAUCACUCCAUUAAUUCCAGAACAUGAUUUAGGGAUGAAAGAUCACAGGUAUCAGAGCACUUUCCAGAAGGAAUUGCUGCCUGACACGUGUCUGUGCUCCUCAAGAUCAGCCAUAGUGAUUAUCAGUCUUGGGGAAAAUCUGACUCAGAGCACUUCUGGCAGGAGCUCUUCUCUCUGUUUCUCAGGUUUGUGCAUUCCAACAUUGAGCCAACCGAGAAAGAUCUCAUGGCAUAAUUCAAAUAUCAGAGCCAAAUGCAGCUCCUGAGACUGCUCUGUUCUGAAAAGGGUCAGAGUAGCAUUUUUCAGCUCUCUGAAAUUUAACCACUAAUUUAAUUUAGAAAAAAUACUCAUUUUUCACCGUGGCUGGGACUGCUUUUACUUCCUGCUCUUUCCAGCAAUCAUUUCCUGGUUCUCUCUACACCACACUGUGCUUCAAACUUCUGCUUUUGGAUCCCACAGCACUCAAACCCUUAACCCUUCAGACAAAGGCAGUGAGUACUCAAGACUGACUAUCAGAGCUCAGCUUGACUUUGUGGGGCUGGCACUAAGUAUUAUUUAUCUUUUCUUAAGCUGACUGCAUUCCAGUCAAAAAAAAUCCCUCCUAAACCCAGGCUUUUGUGGCUUGGGGUUGUUUGGAGUUUGUUUCUAAAAACACUAAGGACAGCAACAGGAGUCAGUUCCCAAAGGAGAGAUGGAUUCUGAGGUUAUGAACUAGGGAGGUGGAAAGAGAUGUUGCUGAAGCUGUAGGAAUAUCCACUGUGCUUAUCAUGAGAACAAAUGGCUGCUGUCUGUAAAGCUUAUUUACACCCUUUUCCUACAGUUUUAUUUCAACAUAUUCCAAAUGUAUUGAAUUAAACACAAUAAACAUGGGAGUUUGCCUCUCCUAUUACAUUUUCUUUUCUGCAGAAAACCAGGGCAGACAAACACUACACGAACAAAACAACACAUGGACGUAAUUUCAACCCUGCUUACCACACUCAUUCCUCUUGCUACUGAAAACAAAUCCACUUCCUCCUACCACCUUUCCCUGUUCCCAACCUGUCUCGGGCAGCUUCACAGCAGUUAUUCAGGAUCUUGUUCUGUGAACAGAAUAAUUAACUGAGAUAAGGAAAGUUUUCCCACCGAUUCCCCAGAGCUGAUCAUUACCAAGCACUGAGCUACUGGCAGUUAACACAAUGGGAAACCCCAAAUGCUGGUGCAGAACAAGUACCAAAGCAUCAGCUUUGCUCCAGAAUUCAUGUCCUGUUGUUGUUGGAAAUAAGGUUAAAGAUUAACCAUGCUAAAUUAAAAAAUAAGAGUAGAUUAUGCCAUUACUAACCAUUAACUGCCGUGCUACAAGGCAUAUCAAAUGAGAGGCUGAACUGACUAGCACAGCAAGUGAUCCAAAAAGUUGUUUUGUGGUUCUACUUAAAGUUUUUUUCCCAAUGUUUUAUAACUCCUAUAGCACAAGGUUGCCAUGUAAUUUCUUUCAGGUAAAGAAUCAGACGUGGGGAAGUUUAAAACAGAACAUCUGCUCCAGAGCCCUAAAGAAUAUUACCAUUAUUCCUAAAUUUAAGAGGAGGGUUUUCAUACAUAGAGGGCUCCCUCUUAACUUGAUAAUGUUAAGCUGCCUGUGAAAACUCAGGGUUUAGGGUGACUUCUGUGCACCCAGCAAAACACAACACAGAAGGAAAGGCAUCCAGCACCCAAAAACCCUUCUCUCCUGACCACACAUAUAUUCAGAGGAUGGGAAGCAAUCCAGCACCUGCCAAUGAAUAAAUCCAAAAGUCAAAUUCCAUACAGAACUGAAUCACUGAGUUGGAACUAGUCUUACCUAUAUUAAGGCCUUUCUUUUUAAUUAGUUUAUAGCACAAGAAACACAGGAGAUCAGUCCACUUUCUGCUAGAUACCUUCAUCUCCAGAAACCUCAGCACCCAUAAUAAUGUUGUAGAAGAGAUAAAACAAUAUAAUGACUGCAAGAGUGAUAGCUCUAAUAACACCUUUAAUUAAAAAUUAAUAGAUUCACACAUUAUUUACCUAGGCACCUUACAUUACAUGCAUAACAUGGGGAGAAGGAAAAGAGAAAAGUUAUUUAAUGAAACAUCUUCUCUAUUGUUUGUCCCUUCUGUUUUCCUACCUGGUUUGCUAAAUGGUGCCAUUUCAGUUGCAUAUUUUACUUAAUUACAAGCACAGAGGCUGGGGGCAAAGAGAAAGUGGCCAAAACACAGCUGACCUCUUAUGCUGAUGAAUUUUUGCCUGACUCUUCUUGUAUUACAUGUUAAAACAACUCCGUCAUAAAAUGACUACUCUGGUCUUUGUAUGUGAAUUUUUAAAGACUACUUAAGGUUUUCCAGGCCUUCAAUAAUUCUGAAGGCUGCAUUCAAAUAACACAUUGUCUAGCCAAGAGAGCUCCUACCUCUUGAUGUGUAUUGCACAUGGAUCCCUCAGGACAAAACUACAGUUCUGUUUGUAUUAGUCAAGAUUUAUCUCACUUCUCUGCCCUGAUUUUUUUCCAUGUUCUUUACAAAGUCCAUGCACUAAGAUUUCUUGUAGUUUUCUUACAGCAAGGGAAUGUUCUGAUGGAGUUCAUACAAAACUUUGGGCUGAGUAUCCAAACAGCCACAGGAGAUUUUUCACACUGAUUUAAAUGUAGGAAUUUUUAGAGCUUUAUUACUUGUACUAGUCCAUCUAAUGGAGAACAGAAAAGAAUGCACAUUAGCAGGAAGAUGCUACUGAGAGCAAGACACAAGCAUGUCUUAAGUUUGUCCUACUCUUCUUUCCAGCUGUUCCUAACACCAAACUUCACCUGCACCACCAUCCCCCAUGGAAUCAUGGUCCCAGCUCAAACCCUCACUCCACCGCUCCUGAUCCACCUUCAUUCGAUGCCGUCCCUUCUCCCUGUUCAAUCCCACAGCCAGUUUCAAUUCCCACAUGGGAUAUCCUACAGGCUCUGUCUCUCAUCGCACCUUCUGUCCCCAGCCUCCCACCUAAAGCACCACAAAUCACCCCAGCAGCCUAAGCUGAGGGAUAUUCACAAAUUUGUGCCUUUUCUGACCAAAAGCCUCUAUUAAGCAAAUAAAACCUAUGAUUUCUAAAGAUCUUUGUCCAGAAAUAGGGAGAAUUGCAGUCAGAAUAGGAAGUUCAACAUGAGCAACAACUGAAAGUGCCUGUCUGACAGUAUUGCAUGGAACUUUUGUUCCCCAGGUGAUCGAGGCAGCACCUUACAGAGAUGCAGUGAACAGUCCCUAACAGCAUCGCGUGUGCUCCUGGUUCAGGGCACAAUCCACGAGGAAACCCAGGCAGCCCCAACAUUAAUAAUACUCAUGUUUAUUUCACCGUAAACACUUUCGAUAUCCCCGUGAAGGCAGCGUCUGCUUGAAGAUGUCAGAACAGGCUGGGGCAGCAGAUAAACAGACACAAAGCCGCUCGGUCCCGGCACCCUCCUCCCUUCCCGAGCCUCCCUCGCACCCUGUCCCUGUGCCCAGCGCUCGCCGCUGCCUCAGCAGCUCGGCGGGGCCCUGCCAGGGCCGGAACCUGCCCAGAAUCUGUGCAAAACAAGCACUUUUGGGCCAAAGGAGCCGCCCCCGGCGCAGCCCCGCGGGAGCUCGCGGGUGUCGCGGAGAGGUUUUUUGGGAGCUGCUUGGCCGGCACGAGGGGCGCCAGGAGCUGUAUCCAGGUUCCUGCAGGAAUGCUGCUCUUGGACGUGCCUCCUGCUUCCCCACCUGUGAAAGAGAGCCCAAUUCUUACAUGUACCCACUCUGGCCAACGUUUCAGACCUCCAAAAUUCCAGGUGGUGGAUACCCACAAGUGCUAAAAACACCAGGGACUGCAUCAUUUCUGGUCAUCACAUCACUCAGCUGUGCAGUAUUGAGGAGACUUUGUGCAGAAGCAGAUCUGGGGGAUGGAAGGACUGAGAGUUGUCCUGCAGAGAAAGACUUGGGGAUACUGAUGGGUGAAAAAUUUGACAUGAGCCAGCAAUGUGAUCUUGCAGCCCACAUUUUCUGUCUCUACUCUGCACUGGUGAGACCUCAGCUGAAGGAAAAGCAAAUUUUCCCAGCCACUGGGUCUUUGGUGACAUUCUGACCAGAUAGAAGGAACCAUGUGAAAUGCGGGUGCUUUGCAGAUGAGCUCUGAAACCUCAAUAAACUGCAUUUCCCUUCCUGAGCUGCCUGGAUUUUUGACAUCUUUGGGCUUUGGAAGAAAAUGAGAGAUGCCAUGCUUUUCCCAUAUUUCAUAUGCAAAAAAGAGAAAAAUGAAGGCAUAACCCCUCCCCAUGAUUUAAGAAUAUUAAUAAUAUUUUAAAUACUAAUUUACAUUAAUGGUAAAUAUAUUACCUUUAUUCUCCUUUUUAUAUUUUAUUAAUUCAUAAUAUAUAUUUUAUAUGCUUGCAAAAUAUAUGUUUUAUUUUGUAUUUUGCUUAUAUUUAUUACGCUUUGUAUUUUUAU